AUGGAUAAGCAGAAAAGGAGAUGGAUAAAACUUAAGGAUAGAACUUUGCCAGAGUAUUUAAAAGGAGUUGAGGAUUUUUUAGAUUUUGCUUUCUCUGGACUUAAACCGAAAAGGUUUAUAAGAUGCCCAUGUCGUAAAUGCAAUAAUGUUCGUUAUAAAUCAAGAGAUGAUGUGAUGCAUGAUUUACUAAAGUGGGGGUUUGAACCAAGUUACGAGCGUUGGGAGUAUCAUGGUGAAAGGGUAAGUGAUUCAUCAUCUGAUAAUGAUAGUCACUCUGAAGACGAGGACAAUGAUUAUGAUGUUAAUCUUCAAGGAAAUGAUGAUGCUCAAACUUACUCCAUGCUUCAUGACAUGGAUAGAGGUAAUGUGUUUGACUAUCCCGAAUCUAGCAAUAUGAAUGAGGAGCCGAAUAAGGAAGCUAAAAGUUUUUAUGGAUUGUUGAAAGAUGCUGAGCAAAAACUUUAUCCAGGUUGUCAAAAAUUCUCCAAACUAUCUUUUAUUAUGCGUCUUUUUCAAAUGAAAUGUGUUUAUGGAUGGAGCAAUAAUUCAUUUGAUUCACUGAUAAAGCUACUUGUAGAAGCUUUACCUGAAGGAAAUGUGCUUCCCAACUCUAUGUAUGAGGUUCGUAAGAUUAUUAAGGAUCUUGGACUUGAUUAUGUCAAGAUAGAUGCUUGUGUCAAUGAUUGUAUUUUGUUUAGAGGAGGAGAAUAUGAAAAUCUUGAUAAAUGUCCAAUUUGUGGGGAAAGUAGGUGGCAAGAAAAUAAGAAGAAGAAUGUUGUCCCCAAUAAGGUAGUUCGAUACUUCCCUAUAAAACCAAGACUACAGAGAUUAUUUAUGUCAAAACAAAUUGCAGAUGACAUGAAAUGGCAUAAGCAUAAAAGAAUUGAUGAUGGAGUUAUGAGGCACCCGGCUGACUCUUUAACAUGGAAGCGUUUUGAUGAUGACCAUGAAGAUUUUUCUUCAGAUCCUCGUAAUGUAAGACUUGGCUUAGCAUCUGAUGGUUUCAACCCGUUUGGUAUUAUGAGCACCGCCUAUAGUGUGUGGCCGGUUGUAUUAAUUCCUUAUAACUUGCCUCCCUGGUUGUGUAUGAAACAACCAAAUAUUAUCUUAACAUUGCUUAUUUCUGGUCCAAAAAGCCCUGGGAUUGAUAUUGAUGUUUAUCUUCAGCCUCUAAUUGAUGAUUUAAAGGAGUUGUGGGAUGCAGGUAUUGAAACCUAUGAUGCAUCAUCAAGACAAAAUUUUCAAUUGCGUGCCGCCUUAUUAUGGACAAUCAAUGACUUUCCUGCUUAUGCCAUGCUAUCUGGAUGGAGUACUAAAGGAAAACUAGCUUGCCCUUGUUGUCAUUCAGAAACCAGUUCUUGUCGUUUGAAAUAUGGUCGGAAGCAAUGCUACAUGGGCCAUCGUAGAUUCUUACCUACUCAACACCCUUGGCGUAUGAAAAAGAGCCCUUUUGAUAACACACGAGAGGUAAGGGUUGCACCUGAACCAUUAACUGGAGAUCAAGUGAUUGCACAACUGGAGGGUCUUGAGCUGCUGCCAUUUGGAAAAGCUACAAGGAAAAGAAAAAGAAUUGCAAAGGUAAAUCAUAAUUGGAAGAAGAAAAGCAAAACAAAAGAUACAAUAAAGUCUAGAUUAGAUUUGCAGCGUAUGGGACUCAAGAAGCAACUUCAUCCUAUUAAGAUUGGGGAUAAGUAUGUGAUUCCACCCGCACGUUACACUAUGUCAAAGACAGAAAAAACUAAUUUUUGCCGUAUCUUGAAAGAUGUGAAGUUUCCUGAUGCUUAUGCCUCAAACAUAGGCCGUUGCGUAAAUAUAAAUGAGCUGAAGAUUUCAGGACUUAAAAGCCAUGAUUAUCAUGUUAUACUUGAGAGACUUCUUCCCCUUGCCAUAAGAGGGUUGCUUCUGAAGGAUGCUUGUGAUCCUUUGAUUGAGAUGUCUUUAUUCUUUGGUGACUUAUGCUCUAAAGAGUUGAAAUUGGAUGAGUUGGAUCAUUUGCAGAAUCGUAUCGGAUUGACACUUUGUAAGCUGGAGCGCAUCUUCCCACCGUCAUUUUUUGAUGUUAUGGUUCAUCUCUCAGUUCACUUGGCAAAUGAAGCAAAAAUUGGAGGUCCUGUUCAAUAUAGAUGGAUGUAUCCUGUUGAAAGGUUUUUACGCAUUCUAAAGAGUUAUGUGCGCAACAAAGCACGACCAGAAGGUUCCAUAGCAGAAGGAUAUGUGGCUGAAGAAUGUAUGACAUUUUGUGCCAGAUAUUUGACCGACAUGGAUUCUAGGUUAAAUCGACCAGAUAGAUAUAUGGACUAUGCAAGCGAUGAAUUUGUUGGUUUGUCGGUGUUCAAAAACAAUGGUCGAUCUAUUGGAGGAGGUUCAUGGGAAAGUAUGAGCUCUUCGGAUAUCCAACAAGCACAUUUUUACAUUUUGCAAAAUUGUGAAGAAGUCAGACCUUGGAUUGAAGAGCACAUGACUAAGAUUAGAAAUGAAAGUGAAAAGAAUGUAGCAAAGAGACACAGGGAGCAAUUUCAUAAAUGGUUUGAAAAUGAGGUUGUGCGAUUACAACAAUUAGGUGAUACGAGGAUUACUAAUCAACUAGUAACAUUAUCUAAAGGACCAGAUUUUCGAGUAUUCAAUCAUAAAGGAUACAUUCUGAAUGGUUUUAAGUUUCGUACAAAAGAUGCAGAGAAACACUUGAAAACCCAAAAUAGCGGUGUUAUAGUGAAAGGAGAUGAGUUAACUGGGCAUGCUGAUUACUAUGGGGUUGUUAGAAAGAUCACUGAAAUAAAAUAUUUAGAUAACAACUUUGUUAUACUAUUUAAGUGUGAUUGGUUUGAGGCUCCUUCUGAAGGUCGAAACCAGGGCAGGGGAUAUAAGAAAGAUGACUAUGGAUUUAUUAGUGUAGAUAUCACAAGGUUAUUUUACAAAAAUGAUCCUUUUAUCUUGGGCUCCCAAGCUGAGUUGGUUUAUUAUGUACAAUACAGUGACAAGGAAAAUUGGUAUUCAGUGGUUAAAGUCAAGCCAAGACAUAUCUUUGACUUGCCAAAUGGCGAAGAUGACGAUGAAUUUGAAGCGUAUCAACUAAAUGAGUUGAGUGAUACACAUGGAGAACUAGAAACACCAUUAGAGAACCAAGAUGAAGAGGCUUUACUUGGAGAACAAGAAACACCACUAGUGGACCAAGUUGAAGAGGUUUUAAAUAGGGAUGAUGUCGUAGGGCUAUGUUUGGAUGAGAGUAUUAUUCAGAAAGAAGAAGAAUUAAAAGAGGCUGAUGAUGCAAGUGACUCUGAAAGUAGUACUGAUGAAGAAGAAUCUGAAAGCGAAAACGAUUACUCAGAGAAAGAAGAUUCUGACACAGAAUAA